UCCGCGUUCCUCAAACACGCGUGUUACAGUGUUAAGACAGUUGUUGACUGGUGUUUUAAUUUACAGUCAUGGGUAAACUCAAGAAAAAUAGUAAACGUAACACGUUUGAUUACAAUAAAAACAAGAAGAACCUGAAAAGGAAGCUAAGAAGAAAGGAGAAACCGCAAAUUGAAUGUCCUCAGAUACGCAAAGCCUGGGAUGAACACAAAACAGUGAGGCAAAAUCUACAAGACAUGGGGCUGUCGCCUGGGACCAAGGGCAUGCUUCCUAUUAAACCUAAAAAGGACACGAAAAGUGAACCAAUGGAGGCAAUUGUGUUGAAACCCUAUGUCAUUAAAGAAAUGGAGGCAGAGGCCAGUCUCCGUGGGAAAGACAAAACCACAUGCUCCACCGACAUGAUUGAAUAUGUUCAACACAUGGUGAAGGAACACAAUGAGGAUUACAAGGCGAUGGCAAGGGACGAGAAGAAUUACUACCAGGACACACCGAAGCAGAUCAAACGGAAAGUGGAAUUAUUCAAACGGUGUCAUCCCGAGGAAUAUGCCGCGUUCAUCGCGUCUCUGCAAUCUCAGAAGUCUACGUGA